AUGUACAAUCCCGUGAAAGAACGGCGACUCAAGCUGGGAUUGUUCCUCAUAAUCGGCCUCAUCAACGUCAGCGUCUUCUGCAUCUGGGUACCUGCCCGGCUGCAGAUCAGCCCGACGUGGAUUCACGUCAACCAGAUUUGGGACCGGAUUGAAAAGGGUAUCUUUGCCGUUGUGGACAUGGCCAUGAACAUCUAUUUCAUGUGGCUCGUCAAGUCCAAGCUGGUGUCAAGCGGACUCACGCAAUACAACCUCGUUUACAAGUACAACCUAGUCAUGGUUUGCUUGUCCAUUUCGCUUGAUAUCCUCCUUAUCGGUCUCAUGUCGUUGCCGGACGACGCAGUUUACGUUCAAGUCCACCCGCUAGCCUUCCUCACCAAGCUCAGCAUCGAGAUGAACAUGGCGGAUCUACUCGGAAAGGUAGUUAAGAGGUCGCACGAAGGGAACGCCUCCCUGCCGACGACAGAUACAUGGCAACCACCUCUCGAAAUGGAGGUGUUUGGUAGGGAAUGGCUGGGGACAACGCGGCCUCGCUCAUCCACCAAAGGGCCUCUCGAUGACGACGGCCCUCUAGCAUCGCCUCUUUCCGCGGACCAAGUUCAGCAAACACUCUCCCUCAGAAAUCAUCCCAGAAGUCCCGGUCUCGGAUCGCCCAUGAUGCCGCGUUCCCCAGCCCACUCACCAGCCCCCGGCAAGCGAGUUGCUGUCGGCGGUGCACCCCCCUCGAAACAAGGUCCAAAGGACUUUUCGUAUCUUUUGCGCCCGGAGAUUUACCACCCACUCACUCCGCUCAACAUCCCCCCGCCUUUCCGUAACCCACCUAACCCCCCGGCUCCGGACACGCCCAUCCCGGACCUCCUCUCACAGGGCUACUUCCGCGCGGCCGCCAUCGCCGCCACGCAGACCCUCACCAGCGGCACACUCGACCCGACCGACCAUACGCGCAUCUUCGACCUGCUCUAUACCCGCCUCGCCUGCCUCACCCUGAUCGACGCCACCGCGCUCGCCGCGCAGGAGGUGAAAGCCCUCGGCGACCUGCACUCAGCCUUCUACUACACCUCCCCUGCUACACAGCAGCAGCAGCAGCAGCAGCAACAACAACCCGGCACCCCCAUCACCCCCGGCCUCCAACCCCAAGACGACCCCACCAACCCCAACCCCACCCCCAACAGUAACCCCAGCAGCGCACCAACACCAACGCACGUCGUCCCCUGGCCACUACGCCUCCUCGCCGUGCGCCUGCAAGCGCUCGGCUUCGGCGACCCGCGGCGCGCCGUCAUGAGCUACUACGAGCUGGCGCGCGAGGCGCGCGCCCGCGUGGCCGCCGCCCGCGCCGCGCACGACCAUUCCGCCGCCGAGGCCUGGAAGCACCGCCUGGCCGACCUCGGCGUGCGCGUCGCGGGCGCGCUGGUCGAGAUGGAUGACCUGGCCGGGGCCGCGGCGCAUUUGGGGACGUUGGGGGGGGAGGGGGUUGGGGGUGGUGGUGGUGGUGACGGCCUUGGUGGUGGUGGUGCGGUUGGUGGUGGUGGGUGGGGGAUGGUGCGGGUUAGGCGGGCGUUGUUGUGGUUGCAUCUGGGCGAUGUGGAUGCCGCGAGGGCUUGUUGUGUUGGUGAGGGGACUGGGGACGGUGGAGGGGUUGAGGAGCGAGUGGUGACGUCGUUGUGUGAUAUGGCGGAUGGGGAGUAUGAGGCUGCCCUGGGAAAGUGGGCCCAGUUGAAGGAGCUAGUCGAUGAUGAGAUGGUGGGCGUGAACAUGGCGGUUUGCCUACUGUAUGUGGGAAAGAUGCAUGAGGGACGCGCAUUGCUGGAACAGCUCGUGGAUUCCGGUCGGGCUUCACAUACGCUGCUUUUCAACUUGUCCACCAUGUAUGAGCUCUGUACAGACAGGUCACGGGCGCUCAAGGUAGGGUUGUCAGAGAAAGUGGCCGUCAUGACUGAUCGAACGGAAGGCUGGGAGAAAAACAAUGCGGAUUUCAAGCUGUGA